CAAAAGCGAAGCUCCUAUCGUAGAUCAAAAUAUUUAGUUUUUCUCUUUUACCAUAAUUGAAAUGGAUAAAAUGAACUAAAUAUUUUAUUAUUAAUAAACAUUUAUCUGUUUUCAUAGUAUUUUGUAGGUUUGGGUACUAUAUUAGAUGAAUCACUGUCACCUGCAAUAGUACUUAAACAAAGUAUCUUCUAAUGAACUAUUCUGAUGGUUUUGUCGAAGCUGGGAGCUCAAAGCAGCCCUACCAGCAUACAUAUAACUUGUGGGAGAAUUCAGCCUACUAUGACAUCAAUGACUUAAGCGCGCGAAAUUUGGUUGUAAAGGAAAGCGUUGAACCAUGUUCUUCCUCUGAAGAGGAUGUGAAAGUGGAACGUGAUGCUAAAAACCGUCGUAUUAUAAGCAAGGAAUCUCUAUAUAAAGAACCUCCUAGCGAUGAAGACGAACAGAGUGUUGAACCAGAAAAUAAUUUGCAACCAGAGGCAAGCGACUGGACAUCACAAUACUGGAAAAAGGCAGGCCGAGACACCAACAUUACUUCACCAAAUGUACAGAACAAGCAGCAGCCUAAAUCAAAUAAAAUUCAUAAGAAACUCAAUAAGGCUUUAUCACAGCCUCUCAAAAUAGAUAAGGCAGCAAGCAUGAUGGCCAAAAUGGGUUGGCAAGGAGGUGCCUUGGGGAGGACUGGUACUGGAAUUGUGGAACCUAUUGCUCCUAAUACUGAGUAUGCAACGAGAGCUACAACAGGUUUCGGGCAACCGGAGCUCAAGCUGAAACCGAGGCAAAAACCUAUAGCAAAAAAUAAGCCGAUGCAAAAGCACAUGAAAAAGAAACUAAGAAAAAGUAAUUUCAAGAUAAACGUCCUUUUGCAUAUACUAGAUUUCGUAAAAAACGAUUAUGAAAUUGAAGUAAUGUUCGCAUCCAACUUGGCUAGUUUUGAACGUAAGAAAAUACAUGACAUCGUUGAAGAGGUGGUUAACGCCGAGACUAUUGUAGCAAUGGCGGCCGACAGCAUAGCCGAAAUGGACAUCUUUCAAGAUAUAAUCAAAUAUAAUAAUUAUAUUUUGAGGACGGAGAGCGAAGGCGUUAUGCCCAAUCGUUCACUCUGCAUUUACAAAGAAGCGCCUGAACACAUGUAUUUAGUAACACACAAGGACUUGAGAUAUGAACCAGAAGAGCCAGAACAGACAGACGUACAUAUGGACACGGAAACUAAUGAUGAUGCAACUGAGGAUAACAAAAAAACUGUCCAAAAUGAAACUAAAGAAAUAGAAAAUGAAACGAAUGAAAAUUCUAGUGAUUUUGAUGAAGCAGAAAAAGAUAUGGAUUUUUUACUAGACGAUGAUGAGACAAACGAAAUUACGGCUAAAAAAGAAAAUACAAUUGAAUCAGACAAUGACACAGUUGAUAUUAAAGAAGAAGAAAAUAGAGUUGAAACUCGGCUAGUUAAAACUUAUUACAUUACAAAAAAAGGUUUAGUGAAAUACAGAACAAAGAAGGUCCCCGUGGACGAAAAGCCUGUAAAUAAUGCAAAUAGAAAAAGCAAAUUCUGCAAAGUAUCUAUGAAUGCGUUGGCAAAAGAGAAGAAUCCUUUUUUGAAAAGUAUACUGAGCGCACAGAAGCCCAAUAACGAGCCUUUGACAAAGGCGGAUUUGAAAAAUCAAAUCCUGGAGUAUUUUACGGAGUUCGCUAAGGAAGACCUGUAUAAAGAAUUCAAAUUCUUAGGACCAUUUGAAGGGAUUGAAGUGGAAGCGAUCAACGAAUUCAUAAAUAAUUUGUGGAUGUGCAUCAACGAUGGCGACUAUUUGAAUGACGAUAUACUGUGUGUCAUGAAGGAUGCUAAAUGUGGUUUUGCUAUAAUGGAAGAGGCUAACGGAAGUGCGUUAAUAUACAAGACAAAAAGACAAGAAUCGGAUACGUAAUACUGGUCCGUACGUUACCACCGAAGAUCAGUGAGUGGCCGUGCUAAUUACACUGUGACCAAGAUCUUGUGGCACAUGAACUAAUUUUAGUAAGGUAAAAAAAAGCCUUUGUGUUUUUAAAGGAAUGUAUAAAUAAGCCUUUAUUAUGUCCUUUUACUUUUUUGUAGUUCUAUGCUUCUCUAUUGGGAAAGGCAAAGACAAAGAUUUGCAGAUUUGUUUCUUAGGUUUUCACGCACAUCACUCAUUAAAUAAAACUAGUUUUUACAAGUAAUUUUGAG